CAGCAGCAGCCUCAGCUCGGCUGGCCACCGCACCGCGUCCCUCUACCACUGACCCCCAGCUUAAUGCCGCGCCCGUAGUCCCCGAAACCUCACCCCCCUUCCUCCUCGACGCCACCCUCCCCUUCUCUCCUCCCCACCGCCACCACCCCCACCGCGGCCGCCGCUUCCCCCUCAAACCCCACCUCAGCCGCCGCGCGCAGCUCCCACCCGCGCGCAAAUCCGCGCCCCAGAUCGGCGGCGGGAGGGCCGUUUGAUGGGCGAUCUGUGAGCCGCGACGAAAUGCAGAGCGAGCUACAUACAGCUCGCAGUCGCGCCAUGGGAGGAGGCCCGAGAUGCGCGCUCCUGCUGCUCGCCGCGGCCGCCGCCUGCGCGGCGCUUGUCCCGGCGGCGUGGGCGCAGGCCCCGACAGCGCCGGCGCCCUCGGGGGCUCCCUUCGUGCCGCGGGACGACAUCCUGCUCGACUGCGGCGCCACGGGGAAGGGGAACGACACAGACGGCCGGGAGUGGCGCGGCGACGCCGGCUCCAAGUACGCGCCGCCGAACCUCGCCUCGGCCGACGCGGGGGCGCAGGACCCCUCGGUGCCUCAGGUGCCCUACCUCACCGCGCGGGUCUCCGCGGCGGCCUUCACCUACUCCUUCCCGCUCGGCCCCGGCCGCAAGUUCCUCCGGCUGCACUUCUACCCGGCCAACUACUCCAACCGCGACGCCGCCGACGCCUUCUUCUCCGUCUCCGUCCCGGCCGCCAAGGUCACGCUCCUCUCCAACUUCAGCGCCUACCAGACCGCCACGGCGCUCAACUUCGCCUACCUCGUGCGCGAGUUCUCCGUCAACGUCACCGGCCCGACCCUCGACCUCACCUUCACCCCGGAGAAGGGACGCCCCAACGCCUACGCCUUCAUCAAUGGCAUCGAGGUCGUCUCCUCCCCAGAUCUCUUUGACCUCGCCACACCGCUCUUCGUCACCGGUGACGGCAACAACCAGCCAUUCCCGAUGGAUCCUGGUGCUGCUCUGCAGACCAUGUAUCGGCUCAACGUCGGAGGCCAGGCGAUCUCCCCUUCCAAGGACUCCGGCGGGGCUCGGUCAUGGGACGACGACACGCCUUACAUUUAUGGUGCAGGGGCUGGGGUAACGUACCCGAACGAUCCCAAUGUCACAAUCACCUACCCUGACAAUGUGCCGGGAUAUGUGGCGCCUUCGGAUGUCUAUGCCACGGCGCGAUCAAUGGGGAUAGACAAGAAUGUGAACUUGGCCUACAAUCUCACCUGGAUAGUGCAGGUGGAUGCUGGGUUCACAUACCUUGUGAGGCUCCAUUUCUGUGAGAUACAAUCCCCAAUUACUAAGCCGAAUCAGCGGGUGUUCAACAUUUACCUCAACAACCAGACUGCCGUGGAAGGUGCUGAUGUGAUCCAGUGGGUGGAUCCGCUUAGUACUGGCACCCCAUUGUAUAAGGAUUAUGUGGUCAGCACUGUGGGUUCAGGGAUUAUGGAUUUCUGGGUGGCUCUACAUCCGAAUACAGGGAGCAAGCCACAGUACUAUGAUGCUAUUCUCAAUGGGAUGGAGGUGUUCAAGCUGCAGCUUAGUAAUGGGAGCCUCGCGGGGCCAAACCCUGUCCCCAGUGCUGAUCCACCGGCGCAUACCGGGCAAGAGAAGAAGAAUUCACUAGUCGGGCCUAUUGCCGGUGGAGUAAUUGGAGGUUUGGUAGUGCUUGCACUUGGAUAUUGCUGCUUCAUUUGCAAGAGGCGGAGGAAAGUGGCGAAGGAUGCCGGCAUGAGUGAUGGCCAUUCUGGUUGGCUGCCGUUGUCGCUGUAUGGCAAUUCACACACUUCAAGCUCAGCCAAGUCGCAUGCUACAGGGAGUAUUGCUUCAUCUUUGCCAUCCAACCUGUGUCGCCAUUUCUCGUUUGCAGAGAUCAAGGCUGCAACGAAAAACUUUGACGAGUCACGGAUCCUUGGUGUUGGUGGGUUCGGCAAAGUUUACCAGGGAGAGAUCGAUGGGGGCACAACUAAGGUGGCUAUCAAGCGUGGCAAUCCCUUGUCUGAGCAGGGUAUACAUGAGUUCCAGACUGAAAUUGAGAUGCUGUCAAAGCUCCGCCACCGCCAUCUUGUGUCGCUGAUUGGUUACUGCGAGGACAAGAAUGAGAUGAUCCUGGUCUAUGACCACAUGGCCCAUGGAACUCUGCGUGAGCACCUAUACAAGACCCAGAAUGCACCGCUUAGCUGGAGGCAGCGCUUGGAGAUCUGCAUUGGUGCAGCUCGUGGGCUGCACUACCUUCACACCGGUGCAAAGCACACCAUCAUCCACCGUGAUGUGAAGACGACAAACAUACUCCUGGAUGAGAAAUGGGUCGCCAAGGUUUCAGAUUUUGGUCUGUCCAAGACUGGGCCGUCGAUGGAUCACACACAUGUGAGCACAGUUGUCAAGGGCAGUUUUGGAUACCUAGAUCCUGAAUACUUCCGCAGGCAGCAGCUCACCGAGAAAUCUGAUGUCUAUUCAUUUGGUGUGGUGCUGUUCGAGGUCCUCUGUGCUCGGCCUGCCUUGAACCCCACUCUUGCAAAGGAAGAAGUCAGCCUGGCAGAAUGGGCAUUGCACUGCCAGAAGAAGGGAAUUCUGGAUCAGAUUGUUGAUCCCUACCUAAAGGGAAAGAUUGUUCCUCAGUGCUUCAAGAAGUUUGCCGAGACAGCUGAGAAGUGUGUUGCCGACAAUGGCAUCGAGCGCCCUUCGAUGGGAGAUGUGCUUUGGAACCUGGAGUUUGCUCUUCAGAUGCAGGAAAGCGCGGAGGAGAGCGGAAGCUUCGGCUGUGGGAUCUCGGAUGAGGAGGGCACUCCCCUCGUGAUGGCUGGAAAGAAGGAUCCCAAUGACCCGUCGAUCGAUUCAAGCACCACCACGACCACGACAACUUCCCUAAGCAUGGGCGACCAAAGCGUCGCGAGCAUCGACUCGGACGGGCUGACGCCGAGCGCCGUGUUCUCGCAGAUCAUGAACCCCAAGGGGCGGUGAGGUCGUCUUGUGUUCAAUUACAAACUUCAUUUUGCGGCGUCCAGCAGACAAGUAGUUGUUGAUGCUGAACCGGAACUUGUGUCAGCUGUAGAGCACGGUCCACUCUGCUAUGUUGAUCCAAUCAACCUACCAUCUUCCCAGCGAUAUAGUAGGAGUAUAUAAUUUCUGCUCAUCCAACUGCUUGUCUUCCAUGUUAUUGGAUUCCAAUAUAAACUUACAGCUGUGCACGUCUGAAGAAAUGAGUGGAGUCGAAUAAUUCUGGCUUCCAGCUGUUCCGUCGA